GAGCGGAGGAAGGGGAUAACAUGAAUUCAUUUUGGGGUGGAGCGUGGAGGGAUGGGAGGAGGAGGGAUGCUAAGGAAUGCAUUUCGCUCCAGCGUUGGAGGAGUGCAAAAUGCUUUCUCUAGGUCCAUCACUACUACUCACAAUAAGCCCACCUCUAACAUCCUCUCUCUUUCAUCCUCUUCGUCUCCUUCUUCUUCUACUCCACUCAACCUUCCCGUUUCGGCCACUUCCCCUACUUUGCCCAACUGGGCUUCUUGUGCUUCUUCCUACUUAUAUGAUGGUGAUGAGUGGGAAUUGGAAUCUGGCUAUGAAGAUGAGCACGACAGAGCAAGCUUGAUUUUUGGUGCUGUUCCUUCUCUGGACGAAGUUGAAGAUGCUGUCUCCUCUCUUAAACAGAUCGUUGCUCCAGCCUUAUAUUCACAGUUCUAUGAAGAUAGAACUUCUAGUUUGGAGAGGGACAUACCUGAUCAUAUUGCAGAUCCAGCCAGGUCAGAGUUGGUUGAGCCCAACCUUCAUCUUUACAAUCGAAAACCGUCUCAAUCUCAUCAGUAUGGACGGGUUUUUGAUGCUUUCCAUUUACUGCAGACAGCACCAUCUAUUCAGAGAAUGGUCGUUUCAUUAUCUUCCGAUAAAGCAGUCUGGGAUGCUGUCUUGAACAAUGAGAUGGUGAAGGAGCUGAAGGAGUCAUUCUGCAUAGUUAAAGAUGCUAUUUCACAGAGGUCUGAUGGAAGUCCAGACACAACAGCAAGCAUACUGAAGUGGAUAUUAGACAACACUAAGGCAAUGGUUAUGGAACUAAUUGAAAAGCUUACGAAGCUCGUGAAUGACAUGUUUGAACCUCCGCAGAAGGAGAACACAGCAGCAACCACAGAUCUCUUUGAAAAGAGGCUGAGAAGCUCGCUUAUGCUCUCCAUUGUGGUUCUUCUGAUUGUGGUUGUGACUCGAGCUCACAGGGUUUAAUCAUCAUUUGACAGCAUGAAACCUGGUGAGUUGCAUUGUAACUCACUACUUUAUUGUGUGCUUGCUACACAAAAAAGGUCUACACCCAUAUCUGUGUGCUACACUGCAACAGGUUUUGUUUCUGGGUAUAUCCUCUCGUAUUCUUCGAUGGCUACACAAGGUACAUCAGUCAUAGUUUUACAAUGAUCAUA